AUGAAACGCCAAAAUGUCCGCACAUUGUCGUUGAUCGUUUGCACUCUGACCUAUCUUCUGGUGGGCGCAGCCGUGUUCGAUGCGUUGGAGAGUGAGCACGAGCUGAAGCUGGUAAGAGUUUUGAAGGAAUGUUGACAGAUUGAUGGUAAUUGGGUUUGGCAGCUCGUAAAAUCUAUAUUACUUUGGGGUUAACUCGUUUCCGAGACGAAUGUUAUAAUUUAUGUUGUUAUAGGUGUCGUAAAGUUAAUUUCUGAUUGUAUUUACAAAUAAAAGGCACAAUUUGUGUCAAAAAAUGUCAUUAUGGUUACAUCAAAAACUAAUUUAUUUACAGAGAAGUCAAGUAGAACGAACACGGGAGCGUCUGAUCCACAAGUAUAAUAUCAGUAAGGCCGACUAUGACAUUUUGGAGUCGAUUAUCAUAAAGUCCAUACCUCACAAAGCUGGACAUCAAUGGAAGUUCAGCGGUGCCUUUUACUUUGCUAUGACUGUGAUUACUACUAUCGGUAAGGUAUUUUAGUCCUAUUACCACUAUAUUUAGAGGGAUUUUACUAUUUUUGGCCGAAGUUAUACAAAUUUUAAAUUAAGUUUUUAUGAAUCACAAUAUAAAUACUUUUCUUCAAUGUUGUCUUCCUUUAGGCUACGGGCAUUCUACGCCGAUGACCGUCGGAGGUAAAACCUUUUGUAUGUUGUAUGCAUUAGCGGGUAUCCCCUUAGGCUUGGUCAUGUUCCAGGCCAUCGGUGAGCGUCUGAAUACUUUCGUGGCGUCUGUUCUGAAGGAGAUGAAGAAAUGUUUUGGCAGAGAACAGAAGGUCACUCACAUCGACUUGAUACUCAUCUGCACCACCUUAUCAUUGAUGAUCAUCUUCUCCGGGGCUUUUGUCUUUCACAGAUACGAGAACUGGACCUACUUUGACAGUAUCUACUACUGCUUUACUAGUCUGGUUACUGUUGGUGAGUAAAGUUUGGUUUUUGGACUUAAAGACAUCGUAUAAAGGCUACAAAUUAGGUCAAAAAGUCCGUAGAAUUAACGAAAAUUGAAGAAUAAUUUAUUUUUUUAGGUUUUGGAGAUUACGUAGCGCUUCAAAAGCACGGUGCUCUUCAGAAUCAGCCAGAGUACGUCCUCUUUUCCGUGGUAUUUAUCGUAUCUGGUCUUACGGUAAUUUCUGCCGCCAUGAAUCUUCUUGUACUCAGAUUCUUGACCUUGAAUACUGAAGAUGAAAAGCGAGAUCAGAGAGAACAGAAGUUGGCUGAACGAGGAUUUGUAAGUGAAAUAAGUUGGAUUUUCAUACUAAAAGGGUUCUGUAUUUUACGUAUCAUUAAUCGAUAAUUGCGUAGAACGGUCUUAAAAUGUCAGGAUUUCUUUUUCUUACUUGUCUCAUGGUAAAAUAUUACAGUAGUCUUUCUACCACAAGUUUAAAACCUUAAAGCUUGUUUAACGCCUAACAUUGUUUCACGAUGGAUAAUAUCAUUUACUGAUAAUUGUGUUUAGGUGAGUAUACGAAGCCUGGACGGUCGUCGAAAGUAUUCGAAUAGUCUGUCCAACUCUUCCGAUGACAGUCUGAAUUCAAGUCCAACGCGGCGGCGAAGGCUAGCGUUGCCAAAGACAGCCGAUGCUGAUACGAUAUCAGUAUGUUCAUGUUCGUGCUAUCAAGUACCGUACAAUCGGGUAAUGAGCAAGAGAGACGGGUCCAAACGGUGAGUUUUUGGAUAUUCGGUAUCAUAAUGAUAAGGUUUAAUAUGACAAGUAAACAAUUUUUAAAAUUUUUUUAUUUCAAAGCAGGUUACGAAUGACGUAUUUUACAUUAAAAUAAAAUUAUAUUGACGUAUUUUAAAAUCUUUAUCAAUGUCAUCCAGAUCAUCUCGAAAGCGUCGUUCGUCGCGCAAAAAACAGCCCAAUCCAGAAUCCCCUCUGGCCAUUCCUAGCCAGGAAUUUCGUCGACGGCCUUCCAAACCCGUCGAUGACAAACCGGUUACAUUUGAGUGA